AUGCCUCUUCAAAAUUUUGUGAGAUCGCCCACGGCAUUAGACUCAGCGAUUCCUGAGGAAGGACCUGUUAUGUUUUCCAGAAGCCCACAGGCCUCCGUCGAGUUACAGAACUCGGUCGUUGUUGUGGACCAGCGCGAUUAUGAAGGAGUGCACAUCGCGGCAAGAAAUCUAGCUGAUGAUUUUUCUCGGGUUACGAAGGAGCCUCCGAGGAACAUCCUUAUAAGCGAUAACGCGCGCAUUGACGUCCAUGGAGGCGUCGCCAUUAUCAUAGGCUGCAUCAAGUCCAGCUCCUUGGUGCAGGAACUGGAAAACAGCGGAAAAGUUGAUUUUUCUGCCAUUCGAGGGAAAUGGGAGUCGUUUCAAACGAGUCUUGUCCGUGACCCUUUCGAAGGCUGCAGUUGGGCACUAGUCAUUGCUGGUAGUGACAAAAGAGGCACAAUAUACGGUACCUAUACAUUGUCAGAGCAGAUUGGCGUGUCUCCAUGGUAUUGGUGGGCUGAUGUGCCACCACAGCACCAUUCUCAAAUCUUUGCUACCGAUAAGACCAACAUUCAUGGCCCUCCCAGUAUCAAGUACCGUGGAAUUUUUAUCAACGAUGAAGCUCCAGCACUUACAGGCUGGGUGCGCGAGAAGUUCGGCGGGUACAACGUGAAAUUUUACGAAAAGGUCUUCGAGCUUCUGCUUCGGCUAAAGGCGAACUUUCUGUGGCCUGCAAUGUGGCCGGGCUAUCCAAACCCAGGAGCAAGUUUCUUCACAGAUGACCCGGACAACCAGAAAGCUGCCGACACACACGGAAUUGUGAUGUCGACAUCCCACCAUGAGCCGAUGCAGAGGUUGAGCAAUGAGUGGCUGGCGGAGGGCAAUCCCUUAGGGACUUGGGACUGGAUCAGCAACAAAGAGAAGAUCACCCAAUUUUUCAGAAAGGGCGUGGAGAGGGCACAAGAUUAUGAGAGCUACUUUACCAUGGGCAUGAGGGGCGAGUAUGACACGAAAAUGAAAGGUGAGGAUCCAGCAGCUGUCGUGAGAGACGUUUUGCGUACGCAGAGGUCUCUCAUAAAGGAAGUCCAUGGACGAGAAGAUGCAGUGCCGCAAUUGCUGGCAUUGUACAAGGAAGUGCAAGUGCAGUAUGAGAGUGGGAGACUAGGCGUACCUGACGAUGUGACGCUGUUGUUUUCGGAUGACAAUUUCGGGAGCAUUAGGCGGCUUCCACAUGGAGAUGAGUCCAAAAGGAAGGGAGGAGCGGGACUCUACUACCAUCUCGAAUAUGUUGGGACACCGCGAAGCUACAAGUGGAUCAACAGCAACUCUCUGGGCAAGACAUGGCACCAGCUGCAGGAAGCCCAUAGUCGAGGGGCGAGGCAGAUCUGGGUGUUCAACGUGGGAGAUAUCAAGCCGCUCGAGCUCCCUCUGACAUUUGCCAUGUCUCUGGCGUGGGACAUCAACUCUGUCAAGCCAGAUGGUAUUCCCGAUUUUUUCUUGAGUCUUUCGGCACGGCAAUUUGGUGUUGACCUCAGCCAGGAUAUCGCAAAAGCUUGGCAUGAAUACGACACACUCGUCGCUCUGCGUCGCCAUGAGCACAUCGAACCAACGACUUUCUCUCUUCUUCACUACAGAGAAGCCGAACAGAUUUGUGCGCAGUGGGAAUCGCUCUUGGGGCUCGCACAGUCUAUUUGCGACCGUGCCACCGAGGAACAAAAGCCGGCCAUCUUCCAGCUGGUGUUGCACCCCAUCAAAGCAAGUGCCAUCUUCGUGCGCCUGCAGGUCAACCUGGCACGAAACCAGAUGUACGCGCGGCAGCGGCGCAACUCCACAAACCUCGUGGCAAAGCGGGUCCUCGAGCUUUUCGAUGCUGAUUUUGAUCUUUCGGAGGAGUACCACACUCUGCUUGGAGGGAAGUGGAACAAUAUUCUCUCCCAACCACAUUACGGUUUUCGGGACACCUGGCACGCCCCGAGUCGAGAUAUGAUCAGUGGACUCUGCUACGUCCAGACGAGGCAAAAGUCGAAUCCGAUUGUUGGCAACAUGGGUGUCAUGGUCGAGGGCCACGAAGGAGUGAGGCCAGGCUUGACCAAUGAGAACAGUGACUUCACCCACCCGAGUCGCGGAGACUUGGUCCCUGGUGUCACGCUAGGUCUAAUGUCUCGUUACAGCACGGAUACGAGAUGGUUCGAGCUAUUCACUCGUGGGCCUUCGACGGUUCACUGGUCCCUGAAAGUGCCGUACCCUUGGGUGAGCUUCUCGAAGGAGUCUGGGACCUUGGUUCCCGGAGAGGACGACCAAAGGAUCGAUGUUGGAAUUCAAGAGGACCUAUUGCCAAGCGACUUUGACGAAGUCAUUCUCAUCGACGUGUUUUCCGAAGAAGGUGACUUCGAACAGAUCCAUCUACCGGUAACAGGCCGUUUGCUUCCACCAAGCUUUGAAAGGGGCUAUGUGGAGAUGGAUGGGCACAUCCGUAUUCCAGCGCCGGCAGGACAAAACUUGGAACACUCACAUCGAUUCCUCCCUGACACAGGUCGAUCACAACUAGGAUCGAUUGCGCUGCGGCCAGACAAUGAAUACCCAAGUCCGAUCUUCGUGGACUACAAAUUCUUCGUCUUCUCCGAUACCCGGACUACUGGUCGCUCGACUCUUGUCCUAUACUUCAACAUGACCCUUGACUUUGACCCAACGGAUCCCAUGGCAUACGAAUGGAGCAUUGACGAUGGCCCUAUUCAUCGAGAACUGUUACUUGAGCCUGAGCCAGCCAGAGAUCCAGAGUUACCUUCUCCUGAAGGCUGGCUCACAGCGGUGCAGGACUGCUCAUGGAGGAAGCAACAUACCCUGAAUCCAGAUACUGUGUCGAAGGGUGAACACGUCCUCGGUAUCCGGCUGCUGCAUACGAAUCUGAUACUAGAAAAUAUUGCGAUCGAUCUUGGUGGUCUAAAGGAUAGCUAUUUAGGGCCACUGGCGACUAUUGAGGUGACAAGAUGA